GGACAAGUGAUACGCAUGUUGAUUUUUUAUAAAAUUUUAUCACUCAAAUUUGCUUUGGACCGGUUAAAAAAAAUUAAAAAAUGUAUGGAAAUGCUCCAUAGAAACAAAUCCAAGUAUUUAAUGAAUAAUCAUCGGUCUUAUUACUCUCUUCCGUAUCAAUUUAUUCUAUAAUCAUGCCCGUCAAGUGUACCAACGACUGUGGAAACGCUGCCAUUCUCAAACGUCCUAAAACUGGAGACACCUUAUGUAAGGAAUGUUUUUUCUCAACGUUCGAAUCCGAAGUCCACGAGACCAUCGUGAAUGCUAAAUUAUUCAAAGCAGGAGAUAAAGUAGCUAUUGCAGCUUCCGGUGGUAAAGAUUCGACAGUUUUGGCUUAUAUUUUGAAACUGCUCAAUGAAAGGCAUAACUACGGAUUGGAUUUAUUUCUGUUAUCCAUCGAUGAAGGAAUUACCGGGUAUAGAGAUGAUAGUUUGGAAACAGUCAAGAAAAAUAGAGACGAUUACGAAAUGCCAUUGAAAAUAUUAUCUUACGAAGAUUUAUACGGCUGGUCCAUGGAUAAUAUUGUCAAACAGAUCGGACGUAAAAACAAUUGCACAUUCUGCGGAGUAUUUCGUCGCCAAGCUUUAGACAGAGGAGCAGCGAUGCUAGGAGUAAAUUGUCUAGUUACCGGUCAUAAUGCCGAUGAUAUCGCCGAAACUGUCUUAAUGAAUAUUCUAAGAGGUGAUAUAUCUCGUCUCAACAGAUGUACUUCUAUAAUAACGAUGGGCGAAAAUUCAAUACCAAGAUGCAAACCUUUAAAGUACGCUUACGAAAAAGAAAUCGUCAUGUAUGCUUAUUUUAAAAAACUGGUUUAUUUUUCCACCGAGUGUAUCUAUUCGCCGGAAGCUUAUCGAGGUCAUGUGAGAUCAUUUUUGAAAAAUUUGGAAAAAGUUCGACCUUACGCUAUCAUCGAUAUAAUUCAUUCAGGUGAGAAUAUGAAUGUUCGAGAUGAUGUCUCAUUACCAACUCGAGGAACUUGUGAAAAAUGUGGAUACGUUUCGAGUCAGAGUAUAUGUAAAGCUUGUAUGUUACUCGAAGGAUUGAACCGAGGGUUACCGAAAUUAGGCAUAAGUAAAUCUAGCCACGCUAAAAGAAUUGUUAAAGAUUUGAAUUCCAUUAAAAAUGAUUUUUGAUACGAGAAGAA